AUGGCCGUCAAAGUGCCCCCUGGCCAGUCGCCGCCUUUCGAGACGAUAGACGAUAAACACCAUGCUGGUAUCAUAAUUAUCACCGGCGCCAUCUGCCUAGUAAUAUCCCUGGUCUGUCUGCUAAUCAGGGUGUACGUGCGGGCAUUCCUCAAUCCGCCAUGGGGAGCAGACGAUUUUAUCCUGUUAGGAGCAACGAUCUCCGCCAUUGUCGAGUCAAUCAUCAUCUUUCACGCUGCGAGCAUCGGCUUCGGAACGGACGUAUCACUCCUCACCCAGAAGGCCGUUGAUCGCAUACAAAAUUCCCUCCUCGCGGCCGAUAUCCUCUAUCUCUUAACCCUGUACCUCUCAAAAUGCUGUAUCAUCGCCAUCUACUUGCGCUUGACGCCCCGUAGGCGUCACAAGAGUAUCCUCUGGGCCACGUUUGGGCUCAGCACGGUCGGAAUUAUCGUGUCGAUACUGGUUAUCGCAGUUAACUGCGAGGGAAAUAGGCCGUGGAUUGUACCUGGCGAGCAAUGUCCUAACAUGUUCCCCCGCUGGCAAGCCAUCACUGCGCUCGACAUCUCGACAGAAAUCUUACUAUUUGCCUUUUGUGUCGCCCUAAUCUGGGGUCUUCAGAUGCACAUCUCGCACAAACUGGUGAUCAUGAUAUCCUUCGCCGCGAGACUACCCCUAAUAAUAUUUUCCGCUCUCCACCUCUCCACCCUCAAAGACUACACAACAACCAAAAACCCAACCUUCGCCGCAAUCAGCCACAUGAUCUACACCCAACUCCAACUCAAUUACACCCUAAUAGCAUGCACGGUCUUCUGUCUGCGUCCCUUCAUGAAUGCCCUCACAACAUCCUACGGCACAGCCGGCGAUGCCAACCUCGGAAGUAGCAGUGGCGGCUACGGGCACGGGUCCGGGAGACGGGGGAAUACCAAUCCCUACGCGUCGGGGCGGUCGCAGGAUUACGAGAUGGGGGGUGUGAAGGGACGACCCGGUCGGCGGGCGAGUGGCUUGUUCAGGGAGAGGCCAGAUGUGGGGGAUAGGACAGAGAACGGGACAGUCUUUUGUCAGGCUGCGGGGGCCGGGCUGGACAACAUCAUCAAGCCUUCGGGAUUAUCUGUUGAGGAACAAGUCGAGGUUGCCAUCAAGUCUGCAUUCGUCGAACUGCAUGAUGAGAUCACACACGAUGCUCUAUCCGCCAUCUACGAGCCAAUAGCCCAUGCAGAGGCCAUGUGUCGAAUUGCGCCGGCAGUUUCAGAAUUGUGUGUCCUUUCAGCUUUGUAUGACGCAGGUGGUUCCGCUCUCCAUUUUGCCGGUACUGGCGGCUUGCGUGCGGUCCUUGGCAUCAACAAGACGAGCCAGAAGCAAAACGGCACACUGGUUACAACAUAG